GGGAGCCCGCCGCCGACGAGGAAGAAGGCGGCCGGAGGGGAGAGGGAGAGGGAGAUGGCUUACAGGGCGGAGGACGACUACGACUACCUGUUCAAGGUGGUGCUGAUCGGGGACUCGGGGGUGGGCAAGUCCAACCUGCUCACCCGCUUCACCCGCAACGAGUUCAGCCUCGAGUCCAAGUCCACCAUCGGCGUCGAGUUCGCCACCCGCAGCAUCCACGUCGACGACAAGGUCGUCAAGGCCCAGAUCUGGGACACCGCCGGCCAGGAGAGGUACCGGGCGAUCACGAGCGCGUACUAUCGCGGGGCGGUGGGCGCCCUGGUCGUCUACGACGUCACGAGGCACGUCACCUUCGAGAACGUCGAGAGGUGGCUGAGGGAGCUCAAGGACCACACGGAUGCCAACAUCGUGAUCAUGCUCGUGGGGAACAAGGCGGACCUGCGCCACCUCAGGGCCGUCCCGUCCGAGGACGCCAAGGCCUUCGCCGAGCGGGAGAACACCUUCUUCAUGGAGACGUCCGCCCUCGAGGCGAUGAACGUCGAGGACGCCUUCACCGAGGUGCUCUCCCAGAUCUACCGCGUGGUGAGCAAGAAGGCCCUCGACAUCGGCGACGACCCCGCCGCGCCCCCCAAGGGCAAGACCAUCAACGUCGGCUCCAAGGACGACGUCUCCGCGGUGAAGAAAUCCAACUGUUGUUCGUCUUAGCUCAAGAUGGUGGCUUGGCAUCUUAUACUGUAGGGGAGGGCACUAUGUUAUUGCAGUCAUAGUCCUCGUUUGUAUUCAUGCGCCAUCAACCAUAUCCCAGUGUUCAUUUUGCCAUGUUUGAUACAUUUGAUUCGUUCAGGACUACAGCUUUUGCUGGUAUAGUUUAGGGAUUUGAAAGUGUGAGUGAGGUUAUCGUGAAUUUCUUA